GCGCGAGGGGAGGAUGGGGGAAGGGCCCGCGGGCGGGAAGGCUGUGGUCGGAAAGCGCCAUGCUGCAGGUCCUGCGCAGGGCGUGGACGGAUGCAGACCGGAGUCCAGGAGGACCCGGGGGGCCCCUUCCCCCACGCCAGACCCCGGCGUCGCCCGGCAGCCUGGGCCCCAGGCUCUCCGGCUCGCACACGCCUGGGCCCCGGGGGUCCCCAGCGAGCCGCCCUCCGGUGCGCUCCUCCCGCUCCCCUCCCCACCACGCCCGAUGCGCUCGCUCACCAUGGUAGCUACGGGUUAGAAGGCGAGGGUGACAGAAGCAGAACACCGGGUCCCGGUUACCGUUCCCGACAGCUAAGAGUCGAGAGGGAGCAUGUCCUCCUUGUCAUACUACUGAAAUCACUCAGGCACAGCAUCAUGAUCCACUGGUGGAACAGAAGGGGUAACGUAAGAGAGCAGUGCCACCACUGCCUCCCUUAUGUCCGGCUGAGUCAUCCCUGGCCAAAAUGUGGGGCAAUGACGGCCAUGAUGAUAAACACCGUGUCAUACGGUAUGGAUGGAGGAACGUGGGAUCUAGGUCCCUGUGACAUCUCGGAGCUACAGGAGCCUGGGACCACUUCAUCAGUUUGAACACGUUAAUAAUAAACUCCGAGUCACCAAUAA